UUAAGUCUUCUUAGUGUUAUCUAGGUCAGUGUACUUAGGAUAGCUUUUAUAUUCUGUGAGUCUGACAGAUACCAUGCUUGACAGAGAUCAGCAGCAAAUUUUGUCUUAUUUGUUGUAUCUGAGGAUAGAAAAAUAUCUUAAAACUAAUCAGAAUUGUAUACCACAUAGCACCUACUGUUUCUGCAUUGCAGAUAUAUUUAGCUCUAACACUGCUUGUGGUUAACAGGGUGUAGCGUAGACACAGACAGCUGAUCAUGCAGUCAGACCCGGUGCUCGUGUGGUUUGUCAAUACUGCUCAGGAUUUUGACGGACUGUAAAAGAGAGAAAACAGAAAGGAGAGAAAAAGAAAUGUUUUAUUUCUAAUGUCUGAACAUUAGACCUUUAGCUAUGUUAUUUUUGCUAUCAUUGGCUUUUAAUUUUAUUUUUUAAUACUGUAACUUGAAAAUUAAGAAAGCACAGCAAAUGCAUCCAGGAUUUGAUAUGUGCGACCUGAAAUCUUUCUGCAUCGAGAGGAUGUUGCUGUAGUGGAUGCAGCGUUUCGCCAUUAAGCAAGAAGACUGUUUUGUUUUCCUCGGCAGGCGACUCAGCCAUUGCACAAGGAGAUUUUGAUAAGAGUUUGAAAUGCCUACUACUGUAUCGUUGUAGAAUUUGGAGUUUGCUAACAGUGUUAGUGACUGGAGCUCAUCUUGCAUCACCAGUUGAUGACAAUUUUCUUUGUUCCCUCCCACCCAGUUGAACCAAGACUCUGUAGCUGAUACGCAAUGUCACUUACAACAUUAAUCAGAUACUGCAUUUAAGUUUCGGAAAACCUUGGAUGAGGACUUUUUUUCCCCACUCCUGCUUUCCCUGUUGAUAAACUCUGUUCUCCUGCUCACGGUCUAUUCAAGCUGCUUCCCAUCUGAAUUUUGACAACUGCUUCUAAAAAAUUAUCAAGAAGACCAAGAACAGAACUUAGCUCCAUCGCUCUACAUAAAAAUGGCUGAGUGCAUUGCCAUGUUAACACUGCUCUAAGUGGUACAUGCAGAUGACAGUCAUGUCCCAUUCAAAGGAUCUCAAGGACGACUUCCACAGUGACACUGUACUUUCCAUUUUAAAUGAACAGCGCAUUCGGGGUAUUUUAUGCGAUGUCACCAUAAUUGUGGAAGACACCAAAUUUAAAGCCCAUAGUAAUGUGCUGGCAGCUUCAAGCCUUUACUUCAAAAACAUUUUUUGGAGUCGUACUAUCUGUAUUUCAGGUCAUGUACUGGAGUUAGAUGAUCUCAAAGCUGAAGUGUUUACAGAGAUACUGAAUUACAUUUACAGUUCCACAGUAGUUGUUAAGAGGCAGGAAACUGUAACAGACCUUGCAGCUGCAGGGAAAAAACUGGGAAUAUCAUUUCUAGAAGAUCUUACAGAUGUAAAUUUUUCAAGUUCCCCUUGUCCCUAUUCAUACUGUGUUAAUGAAAAAGGGACUGUCAAAGAAGAAAAACAUGAAAAGCGACAUGAAGAUUCUGCUGUGACAAAUGGACCGCGAAUUACAAAUGCAUUCUCAAUUUUUGAAACAGAAAACAGUUUGUUUUCUCCCCUUGAUUUGAGGGCCAGCUUUAAAAAGGUAUCUGAGACAAUACAAGCUCCCAGCAUCAGUCUUGACAGAAGCGAUGUGUGCAAAGAUGCCGAGCCAGCCAGUACCUUGGCUGAACACUCCUAUGCAGUUUCUUCUGGGGGAGAUACUUCACAAGGAGCACCUUUUGUUGACCAGGACAGCAGCCCUUCAUCGCAGGUGGCUGAGGACCGCUGUGAAAAUCACCAAGCCACCCCAGUCAUUCAGCAGGGAAAACAAGCUGGUAGUACUCCUAAGUCAGCCUUUAAGCCCCAGGGUACUGGUUUGGCUGUAGCAAAAGGACCGGCCUCUACCAUAACCACUGCAGAAGCCCAACAUGAAGCAAGCACUGAUCAGACAAUUACUUCUUUUCCAAAAUCUCAGAAUAAAGCAGGAGAUUUGCAUGUGUCCAGAGAGGAGGAGAGCACUUCUGCUAAUGUCUCUGCAUCUGGCGCGACGGCUGCUCCACCUCUUUACAGUUGUAACUCUUGUGCAAAGUCAUUCAAUGACCGGGUGUUACUUACUGCUCACCUUCAGCUCCAUUCAGAGCGUCAGGAGACUUUCAUAUGCAAAUACUGCAACAAACAAUUUGCAAAUCUAAAUAUACUGCAAAGUCAUGAACAAGUCUGCAUGAGAUCAAGUAACUUAUCAGCUCACAAUGGAAAUGAACAAAAUUUUGCAGAUAACUGUACUGCUUCAGAGGGACAGAAUGGAAGUUCCUAUGCAAACACAGAGCCUCUCUUGUCUGAAAACAGCAUCACUGAUUGUUCCAAUGCAAACUGCACUUUACCAGAAACGGAUCAUUUGGUUAAAGUCGUUGAUGGGCAGAUACUAUACACUUGUGUUGUUUGCAAGCGUAGUUAUGUCACAUUGUCCAGCCUUCGAAGACAUGCAAAUGUGCAUUCCUGGAGAAGAACAUACCCUUGUCACUACUGCAAUAAAGUCUUCGCGUUAGCUGAGUACCGCACCAGACAUGAGAUCUGGCACACUGGAGAGAGGCGCUACCAGUGCAUUUUCUGUCUGGAGACCUUCAUGACUUACUAUAUACUGAAAAAUCACCAGAAGUCUUUCCAUGCAAUUGACCAUCGCCUGUCAGUAAAUAAAAAGACAGCCAAUGGUGGUUUAAAACCAAGUAUGUACCCAUACAAACUGUAUCGACUCUUACCUAUGAAAUGCAGGCGACUGCCUUAUAAAUCCUAUCGAAAUUCUUCCUAUGAAAAUGUUCCAACAAGUACCCAGGCUAAUGAGAAUGUUUCUGCUAACUGUUUCAUUCCAAGUUCUCUUAGCUCUGAGCUACCACCACUGAAUUUUCAACAUAGUAUAAUGUCAAACAACAGAACCCUGGCCUUGGAUACAUCUUCACGUAAUGAUACAGCAUCUUCCACAAAUACUCAGAAUUCUUCCUCUUGGGGAGUAGGUAUCUUAAAUUCUAACCUGCAGAGGGACUUUUUCCCAGCUGAAAAAAGAGUUUCCACUGCUGCAAAUGACUCAGGUUCACAGGAGUGUGAUUCUUCAGUUGUGUCUUUAGCUAAUACGAAUGAAAAUUCAACCUCUGUCAUCAGUUACAGCAGUUCCGCACCUUCUGUUAUAAUGCACAGUAGCAGAGUUUCGUCAGUAAUAAUGCACAGUAAAACAGUCACUUCCAUAGAAAGCAGUAAGACAGAAUCUUCAAAUAACCUACCCAGUCAGUCAGUAAGUGAUGAGUGUAAGUAUGGGUCCGAUAAUUACGGGAAGUGCAUUACAAAAUCAAAAACUAUUAAGGAGAAAAAGAAAACACUGCUGUACAACAGAGCAGAAGCAACAGAGGAUACGCAGCACAUGACAGGAUCUGGAGGUUCAUGUAGCAAAACUACAAAUACUGUCCAAGAGUCCAGUAAAACCGAAACGUACAUUGCAAAGCCUGCCUUACCUGGAACAUCUGCUGACAGCAAUGUUGCACCUCUUUGUCAGAUAACAGUAAAAAUCGGUAAUGAAGCCAUUGUAAAAAGACAUAUAUUAGGAUCUAAGCUGUUUUGUAAAAGGGGCCGAAAAUCCAAACAUGAGUCUAAACAGGACAAUCUCAUUGAGGAACCAGAAAUGGAGGUAAAAGAAAAAAGUCUGUCUAGACUCUACAGCUCAGAAUGCGUGGAGCUGACAGAAAUGUGUGAUGAUGUUAGUGACCAGGACUCUAGUGAUAAACCCUGGAGACCUUAUUACAAUUACAAACCAAAAAAGAAAUCCAAACAGCUAAGAAAAAUUAAAAAGACCAAGUGGAGAAAAAAGCACGGGAGCAAGAACACCGGUAUGGAAAGCCACAACACAUGCAGUCGAGAGUAUGAGCUCAGGAAUGCUCCUGAGGAAAAGAUGGUCAGCCAAGAGGAGAACACAGAAAUGCCUAAUCUUCAUUGUGAGCUCUGUGAAAGAGACCAGUCUUCCACAGCAGAUGCUCAAGAACACGUACACUUGCAUGUAGCUGCUUCAAAGCCUUACAUUUGUGAGUUAUGCCAAAAACAAUUUCAAAGUCCAUCCACUUUAAAAAUGCAUAUGAGGUGUCACACUGGGGAAAAGCCCUACACUUGCAAAACCUGUGGCAAAUGUUUCUCAGUUCCUGGAAAUCUACAGAAACACGAACGUAUUCACCUGGGUGUCAAAGAUUUUGUCUGCCAAUACUGUAAUAAAGCAUUCACCUUAAAUGAAACACUCAAAAUACAUGAAAGAAUUCAUACUGGAGAAAAACGCUACCACUGUCAGUUCUGCUUUCAGAGCUUCUUGUAUCUUUCUACCAAAAGGAACCAUGAGCAAAGGCACGUACGUGAACAUAAUGGAAAAGGAUAUGCUUGCUUUCAGUGCCCCAAAAUUUGCAAGACUGCAGCCGCUCUGGGAAUGCACCAGAAGAAACAUCUGUUCAAAAGUCCAGGCACACAAGAUAGAAAAGAACAGUUUUGCAAUGAAAGCACUAAACUUUUGGAAAACCCACAUUUCCUUGGCUCAGAAGGAAGCAAAGUGAAAAAUACACAAAAUAUAACUCCAGAAGUUAUACUCUGAGUGACAAUUGUGCAAAAGAGAAGAAAAAUCCAAAACUAUAUAUUGGAGAAGAUAAAGAUGUAUUGAAUGGGAAAAUGUAUCAGUAAGGUCAAAUUUCUUCAUCUAAAUGUAUGUCAGUAUAUGCAAAAGAAAAAAAUAACACAGAAAAACUAGUAUUUGCAAUAAUACAAAUUUAAUUUGGAACACCCCAAAUACUUUUGCCACAACAGACUCUAACACAGAGAGAAAGAAAAAUGACCAACCCAGACCCUUCUGCUUAGCAUUACAAGAAACCUGGUCACUGAACUAUUUUACAGUUCUGGUUUUGAGUCAGAAUUAUUCAAAGCAAAAGAAAUAAGUAGGUUAAUGGUGUAUUCUGUAGAAAGAAUUUGCUGCAGAAACCAUAUAUUGCUUUUUUUUUUUUUAACAAAAGUAAUGUGUUUAUAAAGGAAAUAAUUGUAAUCUUGUGUAUUCUAAAGUGAAGGUGGGAAGUGUUUCAUGGGCUUGGGUGUGCCGAAGUACAUUUGAGUUCUGCCAUGCUUUUCUGUAACUCAGCCUUUACAAAACAUAUUCAGGAGUUUAAAUUACUCUUUUCCUUUGCAUAUUCAGUUUUGUAGUUACCAUAAUAACUGUUAAGUCUGAGUGCUGGUGUGAGAAGUGUUCCAGAUUUAUGUAUCUCUAAGACAUUUAAUAAAGGUUCAGUGGAACUUGCUA